CUCCGCCAUUUCUCACACACACACACACUGCGCCCACUCUUUCUUUAACUUUCUCUCUCUACCUAUACAUACACAUAUACACAGAGCUAUACACACAAACAGUUACAGCGAAUGGCGUUGCAAGUGCAAGUAAACGGCGUAUCCUUGAAGCCUUCAACGGUGCCUUCAUCUUCUGCAUGGAGGUCCAGCAAGCAAUCAGUGGUCUGCGUUGCAGGAGAUUAUGGCUUUUCGCCUAGGGUUUUUAACAACAGGGGGCUGAGUUUGAAGGUGAAGUGUAGCUCCGAUGCUACUGCUACUACCAGUGUGACGGUAGGGCAGGUGACUGAAGUUUGUAAAGAUACCUUUUGGCCUAUUGUUGAAGCUGCCGGUGAUAAAACUGUCGUAGUUGACAUGUACACUCAGUGGUGUGGUCCUUGCAAAGUGAUUGCUCCAAAGUUUCAAGAACUGUCGAAGAAUUAUAAUGACGUGGUCUUUCUGAAGCUUGAUUGCAACCAGGAUAAUAGGCCACUAGCCAAGGAACUAGGCAUAAAGGUGGUUCCAACGUUCAAGAUUCUGAAGAAUAAUAAGGUCGUUAAAGAAGUCACUGGAGCAAAACUUGAUAAUUUAAUAGCGGCAAUUGAGGAUGUGCGGUCAAGUUAAUAGUAUUAUUUUCUAUUAUUUCUUCUGCUUAUUUGUUUAUAACGAUGCAGAUGAUGUGUAUCAAUGCCAUAAUUAGUUCUAACUAAAUUCAGUGUAUAGCCGUGGAUGAUGAAUUUUUCAUUAGAGAAGACGGAAGUAAUGUAUUUUGUAUGCAGCGAUAAAUAUUAUCUUUAAAUUUCAGUCGGCAAUGUUUUAUUUUUU